CACUCAUAGCUGACUUGACACGUCAGUUGAACCUCGCUUGUCACGCCUUCCUAUAGCAUCCUUUCUCUUGCACUGUCAUGGCGCCGACAUACAGAGUCGUCUACUUCGAUGCUCGCGCGCGUGCUGAGUGCAUCCGUGUCUUGUUGCAUUUAGCUGACGUCCCGUUCACCGAUGAGAGGGUCGCGCCACCUGACUGGGCGGCCAUGAAGACAAGUGGAAGGUGCCCGUUCGGGGAACUUCCAUUACUGGAGAUAAGUGAUGGACGCAAGCUGGCACAGUCCCAUGCAAUCUUCAGGUUCCUCGCAAAGGAGCACGGUCUUGCACCGUCAGAUAGCUAUUCUCAGGCUCGUUGUGACAUGUUUCUCGAUAACACCAAGGACAUGAUUGAGAAAGUAGGGACUGCUUUUUGGGAAAAGGACGAAAAGCUUAAGGAACAGAAGAGCAAAGAGUUUCACGAAGAAACAUUGCCGAAGCGCUUGGAAUUCAUCAAUAAAUUGUUCCAAGAAAAUAAAGGUGGAAAAGGUUACUUGGUUGGUGAUAAGAUCACUUACGCCGAUAUCGACUUUUUCUGCUUCUUCAAUGGUUUCAUCAAUAGUGGCAAAUUGGAUGUCCCUGAGCAACUGUCAAAGUACCCUCUACUGGUUGACCUGUACAAUCGUGUGAUGAAUGAAAAGAAGAUUCUGGAAUACCUGAAGCAAAGGAAGCCCAAUCCUGAUUGGUAUCCCUUCUAAGCGUACUCUUCUCAUGGUGUGACCCAUGAAGUAUCGUACUUAAAGAUGCACCCGCUGUACUGAGGGACCAAAUCGCAUGUAGUAGUACUUAGUUCCUAAUAAACAUGGCCGUUGUUAUCAAA